UAACUGCGGUCGUGAGAUUUAACAUGUAGUGUGUUGUCCAUCGUUUAAUAUUGAAAGGCCGUGGGAGGGUCGGCAAGGUAUAUUUGUCAAAAAUGCCUUUGUUGCGGCAGUUUCGGCUGUUUGACCAUAGUAUUAUUGAUAAGUUACCCCCAUUAAUAUAUUUUAAACGUUAUUUAUUUCAUGGGGUUAAUCGUUGGAAUGAAGAGCUCUCCACUGAUUUGAAGCAUGAUAUAGAAAAUAAAUGGCAUAAGCAUGUAUAUAAAAAAAGUGAAGAAAAGAAUGAUCAACCCAAAUACUAUGUUUUAUCAAUGUUUCCGUAUCCUUCUGGCCAGUUACAUAUGGGGCAUGUGCGUGUUUACACUAUUAGUGAUACAAUGGCACGCUUUCAUAGAAUGAAUGGUAAAAACGUGAUUCAUCCAAUGGGUUGGGAUGCUUUUGGCUUACCAGCAGAGAACGCAGCAAUAGAACGUAAUGUGCAACCCCAAGAAUGGACUAGACAUAAUGUGAAUCACAUGCGUAAGCAACUGCAGCGCCUUGCCUGCAGUUUUGACUGGGAAAGAGAGCUUGCCACUUCGAGCCCAGCUUAUUACAAGUGGACACAAUAUUUAUUUUUAAAGUUAUAUAAAUCUGGAUUGGUGUAUCAAAAGGAGGCUUGGGUAAAUUGGGAUCCUGUGGAUCAAACCGUAUUGGCUGAUGAGCAAGUGGAUGAGAAUGGGUGUUCAUGGCGUUCUGGAGCCAAAGUUGAACGUAAACUACUAAAACAGUGGUUUGUCCGCACAACACGUUUCUCUAAGGCACUUUGUGAUGGUUUGGAUGAUCCAUUGCUAGAAAAUUGGAGGGACAUCAUUAAAUUACAAAAACAUUGGAUAGGGGAAUGUAAUGGUACUGUCUUAGAAUUUGAUCUAGAGUCAGAUCAAAUUAAUCCAGACAAAACUAUUCCCAAGAAAACAGUUACGGUGUGGACUCAAAGACCUGAAAUGGUGUUUGCUGCACGUUUUAUUGCUAUCUCCCCAGGCAGUGUGUUGGAUGUCUUGUAUAGUGAGAGUAGUUCUGCAAAGAAAGACUGGCGACAGCUGCCAGUGAGGGCUUACAAUCUCUUUACUGGUGAAUUCUUACCUAUCUUUGUGACGGAUAAAGUGCAGUAUCACGAAGGGACAGACUCUCACUUAGGGACACCAGAAGCUUCUGAGGCUGAUCGAGACUUUGCUGUCCUUGCCAACAUCCCAACUCCCUCCACUCCAGAAGAGGAUGGAAGAGUGUUUCGCUCAGAAGAUGAUGUCAAGGUUAUAAGAGACAAAGUUUGUGAGAUGGCACUUCAACGUGGCGCAGGGGGCUUCCAGACCAGCGCCAAGCUACGUGACUGGCUAAUUUCACGCCAACGCUAUUGGGGGACUCCAAUACCUCUCGUUCAUUGCCCUAGUUGUGGUGUGGUGCCUGUGCCAGACUCACAAUUGCCUGUGGAAUUACCUCCCUUACACUCUGAGAUAACAAAAGGCCAAGCAGCUCUUUCAGAAGCUACGAACUGGCGACAAACUUCAUGUCCUAAAUGUGGAAGCCCUGCAGAGCGAGAGACUGACACCAUGGACACUUUUGUGGACUCAUCAUGGUACUUCUUGCGAUUCCUUGACCCUUGGAAUACAGAAGAGCCCUUCUCCAAAGAUGUUGUUGCGCAUCAGAUGCCAGUGGAUUUAUACAUAGGAGGAAAGGAACAUGCGGUACUGCAUCUAUAUUACGCUCGCUUCAUGCACCAUUUCCUACAUUCCCAAGGGUUGGUGCCUACCAGAGAACCAUUUCGUAAGUUGCUAGUCCAGGGCAUGGUCAUGGGACAGAGUUACAAAGUGGAAGAUUCUGGUCGCUACAUUCCAGAAAGUGAAGUUCAAAAGACAGGUCGCAAACUUGUGGAAAAAGGGACUGGUCUGCCUGUGGUAACUGCAUGGGAGAAAAUGAGCAAAUCGAAGCACAAUGGUGUCGAUCCAGAGACUAUGUUUGAGACCUAUGGCACAGAUACAACGCGACUGCUUAUUUUGGCAGAUGUGGCCCCUACUUCUCACCGGCACUGGUCGUCUAAGACUUUCCCUGGAAUUCUGAAGUGGCAGCACCGCCUUUGGCUAACUAUACAGAACUUCAGAAAGGUGCGUGAUCAGCUGGAUGAAACCAGAGCUGCUCAACUACCGGAUUCAGAAGCUUUUGAUGAACAGGAAGCAAAACUCUUUGAUAGCCGUAAUUAUUAUGUGAAAGGAGCUACCUUCAACUAUUCUGUAACAUUUCAACUAAGUGUUGCCAUCUCUAAAAUGCAAGGACUUACCAACAGUUUAAGGAGAGCUCCAAAUGAAGUUGUGGCCCUAGGACGACAAUUUGAGCGUGCUCUAGCAGUCCAGAUCAUUCUCUUAGCUCCUAUGGCUCCACAUUUUGCCUCGGAACUGUGGGCAGGAUUUACUGGUGCCCCACAUCGAGUGAACACUCACACUGAGGAGAUUUUUUGGGAGCGAAGUGUACUUGAACAACCAUGGCCACAAGUGGAUACUAACUACUGCCUAGAGCUUCUUUGUCGAGUAAAUGGUGCUGACAGCUGCACAAUUCGAUUACCUCGGUAUGAGCUGGAUGCUCUUACACAUGACGACGCAUUGGAGCUGGCUCUUUCAAAUGUUGAUUUACAAGCGAGUACUGCUAACCGGAAAAUAAUUGCUACACAGUUCACUUUACAUCCUAGUUAUGAAGCAGUAAUUAAUAUUGCUACAGAGCAUGUCAGUGCAAAAGAAAAGGACAGACAAAUUCAAGAUGUCUGAAAUUGUGUAUUGGAAUAAUGAAUGAUUUUUUAUGGCCCAGUGGUGAGUUCAGGGCAAUUUCUUAUUCUUGUGUCAAUUUAAGUGUGUAAUAUGAGCCUGCUAAAUCUAAGAGUCUAAAUAAUGGGAGCAGCAUUAUGGAACAUACUUUUAUUGAUUAUGAACAUUUGUAAGUAAUAGCCAGUCUUGUAAAUAUGUGAGAUGUCAUCGUAUGAAAAAUAUUGUACAGUUUUAAGAAUGGAAAUAUGUUGUAAACGUGUUUCAUAAUUUAUUUUACUCUGAUCUGAAUAAAAAAAGACAACAAAAUAUUUUUGCCUAUUUCGUAAUAAAUACAUGUAAAGAUUUUCUUUCAAAGAACUUUUUUUUUUUUUAAGGGCAUUAUAAAGAGCAUUUUAUUGAUCAUUUUUGGCAAGGUUUUCGGUCAUCAAAAUCCGCCUUCCUAAUUAUGAUUGUUUCUUA